GGCCCGAGUUCUCCAAGGCACCCCUACUCCCGCGGCUCCUUUUUCUCCUUUUUCCUUGUACGCUCACUGCUACCAGCUCCUUCUGGCGACCCCCAGGUACCCACUCCUACCUUUAGCUUCUCUCUGGGUCAGCAGACCAGGUAUCCAGAGGCGCUACCUGUAUGGAUCCCAAGCGACCCGGGCACGUUCAAAGGCCUUAGCGGUUUCUAUAGCAACGACAAACCGGAAGUAUGGUCUGCCGCCGGAAGCGGAAGUCCCAAUCAAAGAGUUGAGCAGUAGCUUUGAGUUGCAGGCGCUGGUGCGAGUUGGUGGCACGUGGAGCCAAGGUGUGGGACUGGCGUGCGGCUAGAUGGACACUCCCCCGGUCUCGGGUUCGGAGUCGGAGUCCGAUGAUUCCCUAGUCACAGACAGAGAGUUGCAGGAUGCGUUUUCCCGAGGGCUUCUGAAGCCAGGCCUCAAUGUCGUGCUAGAGGGGCCGAAGAAGGCCGUGAACGACGUGAAUGGCCUGAAGCAGUGUUUGGCAGAGUUCAAGCGGGAUCUGGAAUGGGUUGAAAGGCUCGAUGUGACACUGGGUCCAGUGCCGGAGAUCGGUGGAUCUGAGGCGCCAACACCUCAGAACAAGGACCAGAAAGCUGUUGAUCCAGAAGACGACUUCCAGCGGGAGAUGAGUUUCUACCGCCAAGCCCAGGCCGCAGUGCUUGCAGUCUUACCCCGCCUCCAUCAGCUCAAAGUUCCUACCAAGCGGCCUACUGAUUAUUUUGCAGAAAUGGCCAAGUCUGAUCUGCAGAUGCAGAAGAUUCGACAGAAGCUGCAGACUAAACAGGCCGCCAUGGAGAAGUCUGAAAAGGCUAAGCAGCUGCGAGCACUUAGGAAAUACGGGAAGAAGGUGCAAACAGAGGUUCUUCAGAAGAGGCAGCAGGAGAAAGCACAUAUGAUGAAUGCUAUUAAGAAAUAUCAGAAAGGCUUCUCUGAUAAACUGGAUUUCCUUGAGGGAGAUCAGAAACCCCUGGCACAGGGCAAGAAGGCAGGAGCCAAAGGCCAGCAGAUGAAGAAGGGGCCCAGUGCUAAACGACGGUAUAAAAACCAGAAGUUUGGUUUUGGUGGAAAGAAGAAAGGCUCAAAGUGGAACACUCGGGAGAGCUAUGAUGAUGUAUCUAGCUUCCGGGCCAAGACGGCCCAUGGCAGAGGCCUCAAGAGGCCUGGCAAGAAAGGAUCAAAUAAGAGACCUGGAAAACGAACAAGAGAGAAGAUGAAGAACAGAACGCACUGAACAGCAUCUUUGAAUACAAAGAACCGAGAAAAAGGAAUGAAGACUUUGCAUUUCACAACACACUUUUAUCCCUUCUGUUGGUAUCACGUUGUAAACAUUUCUUUCAAUAACCAAAAAAAAAUCAUUAAACAAAC